AAUUGUCAACUAUAACUCAAAGGUUAAACUGGUUUGUCAGCUAUGGUAAUCAUUGUGAGAAAGUCAUUAAGUGAUGAGGAAAUAACUAGAUAUUACACACUGUAGAUAUGAAGAACACUGCGCGUGUAUUCGGCACCUUUUUGGUCACUGCUAUCAUAUUUGUACAGGCAAUCAACGAAUGUACAAUUGAUGAUUAUAAAACCUCAAAAAAGAACUAUAAAAUGAAUUGUAGAAAUUUGAAUUUGACUGAGGUUCCAAGAUUCUACCCAAAAUUAGAUAGGCCUAUACAUGAAAAAGUUUGUAUGCUUGAUUUGAGUUUAAAUUCAUUUUCUCUCCUCAAAAAUGGCACGUUUCUACAUAUGAUUAAUUUGAGAAUUUCAACGAUUCGAGAGCUCAAUUUAAGUUACUCGAACAUUCGGUACAUAUCAACGGAAGCAUUUCAAGGUUUGAAAAAUUUACAAUACCUAAAUCUAUCAGGAAACUCUCUUUCGUACCCGAAUGGAUUUGGUAAAGGUGUUUUUAAAUUUUUGAACAAACUUAGAUUGCUAAAUAUCAAAGAUAACAAAUUUGUUACAUACGAUGGCUUUGGUAGAGAGAUGGAAUAUUUACAAAAUUUAAAAGGAUUUUAUGCUGAACUUUGCCUCAACUGCACAUUUGGUAAAGAAUUUGAAAAACUUAAGAAUUUGAAAAAAAUGAGUUUAUCUGGCAGCUCAACUGGUGCAUGCAAUGCUUCAAAACUUCACAACUACACCUUUGAAGGUCUAACUAGGCUGAAGGUGCUCUGGCUGUCAUCAUGUAAUAUUACUACAAUAGAACCAGAUGCAUUCAAGCCAAUGAACAAAAGUUUAACCCACCUUGAUUUAUCUUACAACGAGAACCUUCGUUUUCUUGGAAUGAACAAAGGUUUACAUGGAUUACGUUUCUCGCCAACUUUAUCGAUUUUAAAUAUUAACCGAAUUCAUAACAUGUACCAACAGUGCGUGAAGUUAAAGGUGUCUCACCUGCAGAACCUUAUAACGCUGAGAAAUUUGACGAAACUUUUCAUGGAUCUUAAUAACAUAGAAACCAUUGCUAAAAAAGUGUUUUAUCCUGCAAGUAUAUUUCCUUCGUCACUCCGGGUUCUAGCAAUUGCAGGGAAUAGAAUUUCUUUUGACAACCAUAUCAGUUUUAUUCACACCGCUACCAGUAUCACAUGCCUAGACAUAUCAAGACAACAUCUAUCUUACGAUCCUUUUAUAGGCAAAAACUCUGAAAUGCAGGUACUAGAUAAAAAAUCAGGUAUUGCAGACGAUAUUUGUUUUACAAAAUUGAAAAGUGUUCAACCUUAUCCACAUGACAAAAGUUGCUCUAUUAAUUUGCCUCCUAAUUUACGUCGUUUAAACUGGAAAAAGAGUUUCCUUAAUUUCUAUUUCGACGUUGAUAUUUUUAUAUGUGGAGCAAAAAAACUUCAAUUUUUAGAUCUUUCAUUCAAUCUCUUCACUGAAUGGAGAAGUUCGAUAAAAGGUCUGGAAAAUCUUAAACAACUAGACCUUUCGAAAAAUGACUGCGGUGAGAUAUCUCCAAAUUUUUUUGACCAUUUUACAGACUUACAAAAAUUGAAUUUAGAAGGAAAUAGGCUAGGAAUCUCGUUGGGGCAGCCAUUAUCAAAUCGGACUAAUCGAAUAUUCAAAAGUUUGAAACAGUUAUCAUAUCUUGAUUUGUCACAUAACAGAAUUGACUGUUUUGCUGAUCCUGACAUAUUCAAAGAGCUAACCAAUAUUCAGCAUUUAUAUUUGCAUUCGAACCGUUUGAGUGAUUGGAACUUUGAUCUACCGGAAAGCCAAUUUCUCAGACUCAUAGAUUUAUCGCAAAAUAAACUUUCACAUUUUUCUAAACAAAUGAAAAAUCAGCUUAAUAAAGUAUGCGAAGAGGGUACUUGCAAUAUAACUAUGGUAUUGUUAAACAAUUCCUUUGAAUGUGACUGUGAAAAUUUACCAUUUUUUUAUUGGAUGUUGUCUACCAAAGUGCAUAUUAAAAUUGAUACAUGUUUAUUGAACUCAGAAAAGAAAAAUAUAUCGACGACUACUGAUUUACAGAGUUUAGUAGACACUUUAACAAGGGAUAUUUGUAACGAUAAAACCUGGAUCACAUGGACCGUUGGAACUGUUUGUGUAGUGUUUGGAGGUCUAUCUAGUAUUAUAACUGCAUUAGUGGUUUAUAGAUAUCGUUGGAAACUAAGAUACAUAUAUUACAGACGAAAUAGAAGAUUUAAGCACGAGGGAUUCGAACGUCUUUUUGAGAACGACGCGUUCGUGUCUUAUGCAAAGAGCAAUGCGAGUUUUAUUAAACGCUACAUGGUUCCUUCUCUCGAGGAGGAGCGCGGUCUUCGCCUUUGGGUGGCAGACAGGAAUUCAAUGCCCGGUACAUCUAUAGCCGAAAAUAUCAGUCGGAAGGCUGUUCUACUCAUGGACAAGGCAUACCUCAAUGAUAGUUGGUGUAACUAUGAAAUGAACAUGGCACAUGUUGAAUCAACCGAAACAAAGAGAAAAAUGAUCAUCAUUGUGUUAAUGGAAGACAUUCCAUCAAAUAAAUUGCCUAUUUGUAUAAUGAGAUUUCUACAAAGUGAACGGUCCCUUGAAUACCCAAAAAAUGAUCAAGACUUUGACACAUUUUGGACUGAUCUUACUGAACAGAUUAUGAAUUGAAUCAUAAUUGUUGCAUACAUAUGCAUGUAUUACACAGUUAAAGCGACUCCGCUGAGAUUUUUUAUAUGACGGGAGUGGAAAUAUGGACCAUUUGAUGUAGAUCUGUACCAAUAACUUUGUGAAAUAUUUCAGAACAUUCGCUCAGUGGUUUGGGUUUUUUUGUAGUUGAAUCAAGAAUUAAGCCUCGCCGUAUUUCAUGCCAUAAGAAGACGACAGUUGAGUGGGUCAAUACCUUUUGUGUUUCGGGUAUUGGCGACAUAUGUUUUCUAUAUACAUUGUUUUGUGUUGUAAUUAUGUAUAUACUUUUCUUUUAUUCAUGUAUGUUUUUUCGCUGUAUAUCGAUCUGACGAAGAGGAAUUGUCAGUCGUUAUUGUUAACAAAGAAGCUUUUUGUCUCAAGACUAUUAAUGUUCAAUGGCUUGGAGCACUUCGCAGACCUACUCAGGUGGCUUCACGCAAAGUUGGUCCUGGGAUUCGAGUAAUGGACUGAACUAUGAAAGACCUAACCUGCCAAUACGCUCCAUGUAUCUGUCUACUGAAUACAAUGUUCGAAUUCUUUAAGCCAACUUGCUAAUGCCUUUUGUAGUAUUAAAUGGUUUCAUUAUUCAGUAGGUUUAACUUCACCGACAGUCUCCGAUCUUAUUAAAAUGUUUUAGAAUUAUGUAUGAUAUUUUGAGUACACUUGUUAUUAACAAUGAACCUAUAUUAUCAGUCUUUUGGUUCUUUAUCUGAAAAUUUGAUGUUAAAAAACAUUAAAUUAUGCGUGCCUU